AUGGCGACAACGCGCGCCCUUCGCCCAUCCACGGGCCUGCGAACCCUCUCCCGACACAUCAAUGCCACGCCCCUUCAACGCCGGGCCUUCGCCCUGACGGCCCAGCGUCGCGAAGCCCCCCCAUCUAACGACCCUACCAAGACCACUCACUUUGGCUAUGAAACCGUCCUCGAGUCCGAAAAGGCCGAUCGUGUCGCUGGCGUCUUCCACAGCGUGGCCGACUCGUAUGAUCGCAUGAACGAUAUGAUGUCCUUUGGCUGGCACAGGAUAUGGAAGGACCAAUUCGUAUCCUCCCUCUCGCCCGGCCUCUCCUCCACCAACCCCCCGACACCGCAGCACAUUCUCGACAUAGCCGGCGGCACAGGCGACAUUGCCUUCCGCCUCCUCGCAGCCGCCGACCGCGCCGCCCCAGCCGGCGUCCCAGCCGACCUCCGCGUGACCAUCUCCGACAUCAACCCCUCGAUGCUAGGCGUCGGCCGCGACCGCUCGCGCGCCCUGCCAGCGCACCACCAGGCCUCGCUCUCCUUCCUCGAAGCCAACGCCGAGCGGCUGCCCGACGGCGCCGUCCCCGACAGCUCGGUCGACCUCUACACCGUCGCCUUCGGCAUCCGCAACUUCACCAACAUCCCCGCCGCCCUCGCCGAGGCCCGCCGCGUCCUCAAGCCCGGCGGCGUCUUCGCCUGCCUCGAGUUCAGCAAGGUCGACAAGCACCCGCUGCUCAACUUUGCCUACAAGCGCUGGAGCUUCUCCGCCAUUCCCCUCAUCGGCCAGCUCGUCGCCGGCGACCGCGACAGCUACCAGUACCUCGUCGAGAGCAUCGAGCGCUUCCCCUCCCAGGAGGAGUUCCGCGACAUGAUUGUCGCUGCCGGCUUUGAGGUUGCCGGUGACGGCUAUGAGGACCUCACGGGCGGUAUUGCUGCCAUUCACAAGGGCAUGAAGCCGCUCUGA